UCCAGCAAAACCUCCACUGACCCGCUGCUGAGUUUUACUCUCCCCGCCGCUCAGCCCCACUCCAGGCUUUAACACCGAGCUGCCCCUGCUGGGAGGCUAAAGGCUGCAGCUCCUGGAUGAGUCGGCCAAACACCUUGUCUGUGUUUUAUGUAGACAUGGGCAGGUAUUUCCACAGUGAGGUCGACAUUAGGAGUCCGUGGCAUCAGGUGUUGGCUGCCUUCUGGCAGCGCUACCCCAACCCGUACAGCACUCAUGUCCUCACUGAGGAUGUCCUGUACCGCGAGGUCACCCCCAGCAACCACCUGUUGUCACGGCGACUGCUGACAAAGACCAACCGGCUGCCGGGCUGGGCGGAGCGUGUCUUCCCCACCCACAUGGCCCGGGCCGUCUAUGUCCUGGAGGACUCCAUUGUGGACCCACAAAGACACACACUCACCACCAAGACCUGGAACCUCAACCACAACACGCUAAUGACGGUGGUAGAGCGUUGUUCGUUUGAAGAAGACCGUAGUCGGCCUACCUGGACCAAACUCAGGAGGGAGGCCUGGAUCUCCUCAGCUGUCUACGGCCUGGCCCGGCCCAUACAGGAGUUUGGUCUCACCAGGUUUAAAAGUAACCAAGCCAAAGCCAUGAAGGGGCUGGAGUUCGCUCUGUCCAAGAUACAGACUGAGGCCCCCCCUAAUCUCCAUGGAGACCAGGGAGAGUCAUCAGAGAAACACAAGCCCCUCCCACCACAAGCCACGGCCACCUCUACCCAGAAGCCCAAGCAGUUCGUAUGAUUCUGCUGUUGCAAUAGAAAUCCUGCAUCUAUUGAUUUGAACUGGUACUGCGGGGGUGGGGCAUCGCAUCAACGUCAGCUGGGAUUGGUUGCGUUGUGAAGUCCAUCAUCAGAGAACAAGUGCAGCUUUAAAGUUUGACUGAAGCGGAGCAGAAAAUAAUGAAUAUUAGUUCCUCAGGAUUCACUGGGACAGAUUAAAACCUUCUUAGUACAAAGGUUUCCCUAAGUUUUGUUUUUUAAAGUUGCUUUUAUUUGAUUCAUUUUGGUUUUUACACCUUUUUCUAGAUUAUAGUAUUAAAUUCUAUAGUAUUUAUGUAGAGGUAAACUUUUAUGAUCUAAGGCUUUGUUAUUUAAAAGAAGACAGAAGAUAAAGAUAUUUAGAUUCUAUUUAUAAUAAAGAAUUCAGUUCUUUCUAGUGUUAGAUGUUAUAAAGCAAACGGCUCGCAUUCCAUUAUUCGUUAUUUUCUGUCUAAGCCAUCUAUUUUUCACUGUCGUAAUUUUUAUAUUUUUAUAAGAACAUUGUUCUCAAUUCUUGUUUUGAAAUAUGUUAUAAUUAUUUAUAUUUUCUAGUCAUUUUAAUAAUUCUAGUGACAUUUUUUCGUCAUUUUCUUUUCGUCAUUCAGCGAAAAAUAUUGUUUCAUUAGGAACUCUUGCCGGCUAAAUUUAAUUUUAUAAUAAUUAAACCGUCUAUUGAGAUAAUCUUUCUAGUUUUAUUUCUUUAACUGAAUGUUGCAUGAGAUCAGCGCUGUAGUCAUUUUAGAAUCAGAUUGUUGUACAGAUGCAUGUUUCACAUUCUCAACAUUAUCUAAACCAGUUGUCCCUCCAUCAUCGCCCUCUGGUGGUCAACUCCUGAUAUUAAAUUCUUAAUGUUAUAAUUCUUAAGGUGUCAGCCCUGGUUUAUUUGGUGACACUGGUUCAGCUGCUGUAUGUGAUUCCAGUGGUUUUUCAGGGAACUGCUUAUAUUCACUUGCAGCUCACAGUCGUGUAGUUCUACAGUUUAUUACUUGCAGAUAUUGUACAAAGUUCUUAGAAACAGGAACCACCAGGGGGUGAUAAAGUGAAAUAAGAUCACCUGAGUUUAUUUUGGACUGGUUUCUGCUUCAGGGGCAAACUGGGCCAGUCAGGCCUUGAUGGUUUUUCAGAUUCAGAUCUCGUGUUUGAGCUUCCUUCUCUGACUUUUAUCAUUUCAACAUUCAGUUUAUACUGUGAAGAACCACCAUCAUAUUCUCACUGUUCAUCAGUCAUCACAAUAAAUCUAAAUCUACUUUAAAAG